GUCACGGUGCGGCGUUGGGGCCGCUCCUGCUCCCGCGAUGCCGGGGAGGGCGGGCUGCUCGGAAGGCGGCGGCGGCGGCGGCGGCGGCGGGUGCUGCUGGCCCUGAGCCCCGGGCGCGGAGAGCCCAAAGGGCGGCGGCAAGAGCAGGAGCAGCAAAGGGGCGGCUACCGCAGAGAAGCGGCUCCCGACCGGCUUGGAGGAGGAGGAGGAUGGCUGCCGGGGACGGAGGCGCUGCUUCCCCGGGCCCGGCGGCGGUGUCCCUGGGCCUGAGCGUAGCCGUGGUCUCCAGCCUGGUCAACGGCUCCACCUUCGUGCUGCAGAAGAAGGGCAUCGUCCGCGCCAGGGGCAGAGGAACUUCAUACUUAACUGACAUAGUCUGGUGGUCAGGCACUAUUGCAAUGGCACUUGGUCAGAUUGGAAAUUUCUUAGCCUACACUGCAGUCCCGACUGUCCUGGUGACGCCUCUUGGAGCUCUUGGGGUUCCUUUUGGGUCUAUUUUAGCUUCCUACUUACUGAAAGAAAAACUCAACAUUCUUGGCAAAUUGGGCUGCUUGCUGAGCUGCGCAGGUUCUGUGGUCCUCAUCAUUCAUUCUCCGAAGUCUGAAAGUGUCACCACUCAGGCUGAACUGGAAGAGAAACUCACAAACCCAGUGUUUGUGGGUUACCUCUGCAUUGUUCUCCUCAUGCUUCUGCUGCUUAUCUUCUGGAUUGCACCAGCUCACGGACCAACCAACAUUAUGGUUUACAUCAGCAUUUGCUCGUUGCUGGGAAGCUUUACAGUGCCCAGCACAAAAGGCAUUGGCUUGGCUGCUCAAGAUAUAUUUCACAACAAUCCAUCAAGUCAAAGAGCACUGUACCUUUGUUUGGUUUUGCUAGCCGUAUUAGGGUGUAGCAUAAUAAUUCAGUUCAGGUACAUCAACAAAGCCCUGGAGUGUUUUGACUCCUCUGUGUUUGGUGCCAUCUACUACGUCGUCUUCACCACUCUGGUCUUGCUGGCCUCUGCCAUUCUGUUCAGAGAGUGGAGUAAUGUUGGACUGGUUGAUUUCUUAGGGAUGGCUUGUGGAUUCAUCACUGUAUCUAUUGGAAUUGUUCUUAUACAAGUCUUCAAGGAGUUCAGUUUCAGUAUUGGGGAUUUGAAUAAGCCUAAUAUGAAGACUGAUUAAGAUCAUGAUAUUUAUUGGAAGGGACUGGCUGAUCCAAAAGCCUUCAAUUUCUAGCUCACAGGAAUGAUAGGCCCUUUACUUUUUAAGCUCAGAGAACAACAAAGUCUUUCAUUCCUCACUGGAAUCUGAAAUGAAUUAUGUGUUCUCUAUUCAGUUUUUCUAGGACUACUAUUGUCAUGCUUAACUAUCUAAUGAUAUGAAAUGAAUAAUCUUAUAAUCCUCACAGCAGAUGGGUAAGAACAUCAUUAGCAUAGAAAACUAAUGUGCUUCUUUCCCUAGAAGGUGGUUUAUACAGUGAAAGGUUGAAGCAGUCUGGCAUGUAAACAUGCAGGAACUACCUUUCUAGAGAUAUGAAUAAAGUGAACUGGCAUCUCCUUUGCUCGGUUGCACAGCUGCUAUGAGUGAUAACAUCGUCCUUUGGGGAUGAAAUGUAGAUACACUUCAAAAAUAUGUUAGAUUUUUUUUUGUUCUCAGUAUCUCUGUUAUAUAAUAGUUUUUACAGGUUUAUUUGGUGAUUCUAAUAUCAUUGUCUUAGAAACUGUACAGUGAUAUAUUUUCUUCCUCCAUGCCUCCCCCUGCAAUUUGGACUGCUGUUGAGUCCAAAUUCUGAUGAAUUCAUCCUGAUGAGUCCGAAUUAUGAUGAAUUCAUAAUUGAAGCCAAAUCACAGAGAUAAUUGAUCUGUCAAUUGUAUAUUUUCUUUUAUUAGCUGAAACUUGCUCACAGUCCUUAGUAAAUGCAGCUUUCAGUUUACAGAUAGGCUUUUUUCCCUCACAAUCAGCAUUUGAAGUGCAUUAACACACUACAUUGAUCCAGGAGCUUGAAAGAAUCACCAGAAAUUGAUGUGAGGCUUGUGUUGGAUUGUAACCACUUUUCUACGCUUUUUUGGUAGACCAUUUGUAAACACUUGGAAACUUCUUCAGUGCCUUUUGUAUUCUAAAAAGAUAACUUCCAAGGGGCAGUUCACACUCUGUUAACAUCGUACUGUCCUUCUGCUCAUAAAUAUAGAAUAGCCAGGUGGUCUAGAGAUUUUAGAAACUGAAUAUUUGAGGUGACUCUAUGAUAACAUCUAUGCAUGCUCCAACGUGUAUUUAUUCUGAAAGGUGUUCUUUUACUGUCAAUUUUACUGUUCCUGGUUCCCUUAACACAAUUCAGUAAAUUAUUUGCAGCACUUUUUAAAAACAGUAGAUUUGUGAUAAAGUGAAUGCCUAAGUGUGGAGAAAAAUUUCAAGGGAAGCUGAGCCAAGCUGUCUCAGUGGCUCUUUAGCUACCCCUAAAGCAGCAAAGUCUGACAGCUAUUGUUACUCUGUUCAGAGAGCAGAUAAAAGACAUUUGACUCUGUUCUCUAUAUACUGAGGUAGACAAUUCUGUCACUGUAAAAAAUAGACAGAUUAAGGUUAAUUUGAUAUACCUGAAUCAGAAAUUCAGGAUUUGUAUUCCUGUAUGAAAUUUCAGAUUUGAUUUAAAUUUACAGGUAUAUUAUAUUAUUGGUGCAUUUGAAAUAAUUUUGCAGAAAAAUACUUGCAUAUCAAUUCCAAAGAAAUAUAAACAAUACGCACAGGAGCAGGCUUAUCAAGUAAGUUCUGCUGAUCCAAAUGUAUGCAUCUGUGCCUAAGACUCCCACCAGUUUUCAAGAUCAUAAUUCGAUUUCUUUAUAGUAUUACUAGUAGUAAUAGUAUUCUGCUUUUAUCACUAGAGUGAGACUCACAACAUUAAAAAACAGUGCAAUUUUAAAUCCACAACCAAGCAGUUAAGGUAUGAAUCCAAUCAGAUUUCCUUUCAAGCCAUUACUGACAAAAAUAUUUCACUAUGUAACAAAAUUUGAAGAAAUUUCUGUUCCUGGUUUGAAAGUGUUAUUCCUGUUUAAUUGUGGCACUUACUUUGAUAGUAGUCGUUAUACUCCAGAAACUUUGUUUUUGUGGCUGCCAUAAACUAUACUGAAGUGGUUGAGACUCGAUAAGAUAUUCAUUGGAAAACUAUAGCAAAAUGUGCUGCAGGAUGUCCUGCAAAAACAACGUUUUUGCAGUUUUAUAAAAAAAAUUCCAUGUUUUUAUGAUAGAAUCAAUUAAAAAUGACAUUUAUAACUCAGGAAGAAAAAUUGUGUUACAUAGUGUUAUUUGUAUUUUGAGUGAAUGAUAACUGCUGUACAGAAAUUACCAGUAUUCUAAAUAUAUGCAAAUGGAUACCUAGAUUCUGCUAUUCCUCUUUAGAUCUUCUGAAAAUUCUAAAGUCAGAAUUCAGUUUCUAAUCUGGAUUUAAAUAGAAUAAGGAAGGCUUCACAUUGUGGAUUAAAAUUAAGAAACAGGAGCAGGCAGUCUUCAAAUUUGCUUCUUUUUAGGAUCUUUAUAUCCAGCUGCUGGAUUCGAGGGCAAAGGAUACACACAGAAUACAAAUGUAAUCUGAGCCAAAUAAUUUUUCUGAACUGAAAAAUCCUCUCUGCCUCCAUUUUUCUCCAUUAUAGCAAUAUAAUUGCAAAUUGGAGAUGGGGAAAUUCAAGUAAUUCCUUUUUGAUAUUGUGAAAUAACUGUAAAUCAGAAAUCUAUGCUGCAAAUCAGAGAUCUAGUAGCAGAUUCAAUCUGCCCAUCCUCCAUUAAGAACAUAUAGACGAGUUAUAUGUUAUCUAGUUUAUCUUGGCCAUGUGUUUCACCAUGGUAGAAUAAAUGAAUGCAGUUGGCUCUCCACACAUCCAUCCAUCCACAUGAAAUAGACCAGUUAAGAAAAAAGGAGAAUCUCUUUCACCAUUUAGAAACUGUUUUUGUCUGCUUUAAAAUGCAGAGAAGUUAGGUCAUGUGGUCUAAAUGCUCUCUGCAUAUCCUGGACUUCCUAAAACAAGUGGUACUUGUCUUGGCACCCAAGUUUGCGUGUAGCUGCCUUUAAUCAGUAUAGAUAAAGUGUCAUUAUUCGUUUUGUGGGAGAAGUGUGGAAUUUUUUAGUAAAUUCCUGGAGGAACCUUGCUAAAAAAAGUGGACAGGAUUUUUUAAAAGAGAAAACUGGUCAAAUAACUAUAGGUCAAGCUUCAAGUCGUUCCACUCCUGUUGUUUUCAGAGAAAGGUUCCUUUGUUUGUUUUUUUAGUCUUUGACUUUAGUCUUUGCCUUGUCAUUAGGCACAAUUUGGCUAUGAGAAUUCUCUCAUAGUCUCAUUCUGCCAUUUUCAGAAGGCUAUAGCUUGUUACGUGCAUUAUUGUUCUCUACCAAAAGAAGUGCCUAAUUUAGCAUACUGGUACUUAUGCACAUUCAAUCCUAUACACAGCUAUACUUUACUGAAUGUGGAUUUUACUCUCUAGGUUUGGGAUGGUUAAUUGGGGAGGGAGGAGGAAGUUACUCAGUUUUCCAAAUAAUACAGAGCAUUCGAAGUAUAUUUUGCCUGUCAAAUUGACCUCAUUAAUGAUGAACUCCAUAGGAAAAAUGGAACACGCUUAUGCUCUGGGAUAAUGACAUAUAUGUAGGUUUGCUUAUAUAUGCCACAUAUGGUACAUAAAAAAUAAAAUAUAAACUAUAGUUGGAAAAGGAAGAAUCUCAAUAGUACUUCUAAUUUGAAAAGAGAAUUCAUAGGCAAAACCUUGAUAAUACUGUAGGGCUGUCAGAUAAAAUGACCAUUGGUGUUACCAACUGGCCAUAUUCAUUUGACAUAUUUGUGUGUAUUGAGUCUUUUGCGACUGUUUGUGGUGCUGUUACUUUCCUCCAGUACACCAGCACUCUGCUCAUGGCACUUUGUUAUAUGGAUUAUAUUUCCUGAUUUGCAGUUUAAAGCCCUGGCUUUGAAACAUACUUGCUAGAGGGAUUGAAUGACUUCAUGCCCACAUUUCAGAAUGUUGGAACAUAAUUUUGGGGCCUUUCACAUUAUUUAUAUUUGCCGCAUUCAGCCUUUUAAAUGGUAAAUAGAUAGAUAAAUAUAUUUAUUUUUGCUACUUUGUUGAACAAAUAAUAUUCCUUCUGUUUUUUAGCUGAAGAACCUGAGGAGUUAUACUAAUUCUAGCACAAGAGUCUUCUUCUGUUAUCUGAUAUUUUAUAAUUUCACUUUCUAUCACUAUUUCUGUUUUGAGUCUUAAAUUUGCAGUGUUUAAACUGCAUUUCCUCUUUUCAUCUAAGGUGUGCCAUGCAUGGAGAAUAAAUGUGCGGUUAUCUCUUGGACUUUGGUCUUCCUCAAACCUUGACAUAUCUAUAUUAGGUUAUUACAUGGUUCUUGCAUACUGACCAUCAGGAACCUGGCCACGUAACACAGUUUGAGCCUCUGCUUAUUGAAAUGUUUUAAAUUGACAGUAUGUAUUCAUGAAGCAUACUGUAAAACAUUUCAUAGUAUAUUUAUGCUGUAUAAUGGUAUACAAAUAACAUUAGUUCUGCAAAUAACACAUUUUGCUUACUGAACAAGAAGGAAUUAGGAAACAGGAAUUACAUAUGCAGGAUUACAUCUCUAAUUCCUUCUUACUGAGUCCUUUUUGCAUUUAAUAAAGUAAUAAUUUUAAGGCUAAAACAAUUUUGUUAUAGUCUAAAUAUAAUAGAAUAUUUUUUGUAAUUUUUAAACUGCAUCUCCUAAACUGUUUACACUGGAAUAAUUUUGUUGAUUAUAUGCGCAAUCAACUGAGAAAUACUUUGGGGGAAGAAAUACUUUUAAUCGGACUAAGAGAUAUUGCAUAUACUAUUUCUUGUAUAACUUUCUCCAUUUCAAUUGAAUUGGUUUAACGGAUGUUCUCGGUGGAUUGUGUGCUCUCCUAUAAAGCUACUCCUGAUACACUGAACACACAGACUGUGUACACUUACAAGGGAUUAAGCCUCACUGAAUAUAACUAAGUCUUACUUUAUAAUAAUUAUAUAUAAAAUUGCCCUGAAAAUGGCUUUUUAGUUGCUGCCUAUACAAAAUAUUCCAAAAACUUCCAGCAUUGUGGUGGGUGGGUGAGAGAGUGAGUGAGUGAGGGAGCCAUUCGUAUUUGUUAACAUGAUUGUAAUUUAGUAAUCUUGAUUUAUUCUGAAUGUAGAUCUAUUGUUGAUUCUAACUCCAAAAGUGAAGAGGUGAACUUUCUCUUCAUAUUUUAGUUUAAGAGAUUUUUUAAAAAAAAAAUCUUAAAAACAAAGUCUAAAUAAACUGUACUGGAACUGUAUAUAUUGUGUGAUGGACUCUGAUCUGAAGAGAACUUUAAAGACUUCAGAGCUAUUUGGAUUGUUAUAUGACAUACAUUGUUUAUUGCUUUUUUACAACUUGUCUCCCAUUAUAUUUAGUGGUAUUCCUUACACAUAUUGUCAGCAGCAAACACAUUUUGACUAUGUUAAUAGCAGGAAGCCACAGCUAAUCCUAUUUAUACUUGUGUGGCACUAAAUAUUUGUAACACAUCUACUGUAUAUCCACACUGUAAACUAAAAGCACUUUACAUGCACAUUUUAACACUGAUUAUGAAGGCAAAGUAAACUAAAGAUGUUAGCAAGUUGUGAUUUUCUCUUUUUUCCUAUCAACGCAUGGGGAGAGAAUUCUUGCAUAGUUCCUAUAACUAGUGGUGAAACAGAUUUUGUGGUAGGAUAGAUGGUGAUGGAUAAUAUGAUUAGAAUCAAAGUAUGGACACAAAAAAUGGGAAAGCUGGGUGGGAGCCAAAAUUGAAAUGUUAUAGACUUGAUUGCUUAAAUGCUAUUAUGUUGCAAUAUAGUUACUUCAGGCAAAUUAAAAAGAGUACUAUUUUAUUAGCUCCCAAAUCUAUGUAUACAUAGAUUUGUUCAAUGCUCAAUAGCUUUGCUUUGAAACAAUAGUUAUAGGCAUGUUGUAUUUGCCAUGUAAAUUAGCCAAGGCUAUUUAUUAAGGUUUCUGAUCACAAACCUAUUUAUUAAUAUGUAAUGUUUUAAAAUAAAGAACUUUUUAGCUCAAA